GAGGAAAAUAAGUCUUUUAAAUUAUUUAAUAAUUAAUUAAUUAAAAGUUUUAAUUGUGAAUUUAUUUAAAUAUUAGAUCGUACCUAUAUUCAGUUAUUUAAUAGAUAAUGUGCGAACCGAAUAAACUAAUGAUUAGGGAUGAUAAAAAGAAUCUCUUCGAUGAUGAAUCUUUUAAAUUGGAUAAGAGGUACAAUCGGGGGGUUUCCCAAUCGGGGUUAACACACGAAUGUGGUGUUUUUGGGUGCAUUGCUGUUAAUGAUUGGCCUACGCAGCUGGAAAUAUCGCAAAUUAUUUGCUGGGGGUUGGUUGCACUACAACAUAGAGGUCAAGAAUCAGCUGGAAUUGUAACAAGCGAAGGAACAAGUCGACACUCAUUCAAUGUAUGCAAAGGAAUGGGAAUGAUUAAUAAUAUAUUUAACGAUGAAGCUAUAAGAAAAUUAAAAGGAAAUUUGGGAAUCGGCCACACUAGAUAUUCAACAAGCGCCGCUUCCGAAGAAGUUAAUUGUCAGCCAUUCGUUGUACACACCGCACAUGGUGCAUUAGCCGUUGCUCAUAAUGGAGAAUUGGUAAACUGCGAUAGUUUAAGACAAAUGGUUUUAGCACGAGGUGUCGGACUCUCAACACACUCCGACAGCGAAUUAAUCACCCAAGCGUUGUGUUUAAAUCCACCAGAAGGUGAAACCGAUGGUCCAGAUUGGCCAGCUCGCAUAAAACAUUUAAUGCAAUUAGCUCCAUUGAGUUACUCUUUGGUUAUUAUGCUUAAAGAUAAAAUUUACGCCGUUAGAGAUCCUUAUGGGAAUAGACCCUUGUGUCUAGGGAAAAUCUUACCGAUGAAUGAACCUCUCGAUGGAGAAUGUGAUGAAACAAGUAACGCUGAAGGUUGGGUUGUUGCGUCAGAAUCAUGCGGAUUCCUUUCAAUCGGGGCCCAAUACGUCCGGGAGGUAUAUCCAGGGGAAAUUAUCGAAAUGACUCGAGAAGGAAUCAAAACAAUCGACAUUGUAGCUCGACCCGGAGAUAAAGCACAAGCUUUUUGCAUCUUUGAAUAUGUUUACUUCGCGCGAUCCGAUAGUAUUUUUGAGGGUCAAAUGGUUUAUGCUGUAAGAAUGCAAUGUGGGAAGCAAUUAGCGAUCGAACAUCCUGUUGAGGCAGAUAUAGUUAGUUCGGUGCCGGAAUCGGGAACGGCUGCUGCUCACGGGUUUUCAAGGCAAACGGGAAUUUCUUUUGCUGAAGUUCUUUGUAAAAAUCGAUAUGUAGGACGAUCGUUUAUCCAACCAAGUAAUCGAUUAAGACAAUUAGCUGUUGCUAAAAAAUUCGGAGCUCUCAGCGAAAAUUGUAAAGGAAAAAGAAUCAUUUUAAUCGAUGAUUCUAUAGUUCGGGGAAACACCAUUGGACCGAUUAUUAAGUUAUUAAGAAAUGCCGGUGCUAAAGAGGUUCAUAUUAGAAUUGCGAGCCCCCCUUUACUAUUCCCGUGUUAUAUGGGAAUUAAUAUUCCAACUCGGGAGGAAUUAAUCGCCAACAGAUUAACACCGAAAGAAUUGGCGGUUCACGUUGGGGCAAAUUCUUUGGAAUAUUUAAGUGUCGAAGGAUUAAUAAAAGCCGUUAAGUGGGAUUUAAAAAGUAAGGGGUCCGCAAAAAUUGGUCAUUGCACUGCAUGUUUAACGGGAGAAUACCCAGGGGGUGUCCCCGCACCUUUAGAAUGGUGAAUCAUUCAAACAAUAUAUUUAUUUUAUCUUUACUAUGUAAAUAAAUAAAUAAACGUGGAUUUUUAAAUAAAA